AUGACAAACUACAACAUCUCCAUCGUCAGCGAUACAGUCUGCCCCUGGUGUUACGUGGGCAAGAACCGCCUCCAAGUCGCCAUAAACAACCACAAGCAAACCUACCCCAAUGACACCUUCACCACAACCUGGUUCCCCUUCUACCUAAACCCCGACGCACCCAAGCAAUCCCGCGACAAGCAAACCAUCUAUGUCGAGAAAUUCGGCGAGCAAAGGGUCAAAAUGAUGCAAGGUCGUCUAUCAGAAAUCGGCAGAGAGUUGGGCAUCAACUUUGCCUAUGGAGGUAAAACCGGAAACACCAGGGAUUCGCAUAGGGUUGUGCAAUUGGCGAAGACGAAGGGAGAGGAAACCCAAACGAGGGUUAUGGAAAAGCUGUUCAAUGCUUAUUUCGAGUUGAAUGAGGAUAUUACCGAUCAUGCUGUUUUGACAAAGGCGGCGAUUGGUGGUGGGUUGGAGGAGAAGGAGGUCAAGGAGUGGUUGGAGAGUGACAAGGGUGGGCCUGAGGUUGAUCGUGAGGUUGCUGCUGCUCAGAGGAGGUUCAUCUCUGGUGUCCCUCACUUUACUAUCCAGAACAUGUACGAGGUUGGUGGUGCUGAGGAGCCUGCCACUUUCCUGCAGAUCUUCAACGAGGUCAAGAAGUCUGAGGGUGCCAGUGGCUCUGCUGCCACUCAAGUCUCAUCUGGCAAUACAUGCUAG